UUGUAUAACAGCUGAUUGGAAACAUUGUUUUGAUAAUUUUACUUAACAAUAAUUUAUGUGAUUUAUUUAUCAAAAGUAUUGAAAGGAUUCCUGGUCUUUACCGAUAAUGUCUUCUAGAUUCAGUGGGGCACUACAAUUGACGGACUUAGACGAUUUUAUAACUCCAUCACAGGAAUGUAUAAAACCGGUAAAGAUCGAAAAAUCUAAGAGUAAAACUGGUGCCAAAAUUAAAAUUGGUGAAGAUGGAUACUUUGAUCUAUCAAGCGGAAGAGAGCAGAAGUUGCAAAAAGUUGAAAUUACACUGGCUGACUGCUUGGCAUGCAGUGGCUGUAUAACAUCAGCUGAAAGUGUACUAGUCACAAAACAAAGUCAAGAAGAAUUAUUGAGAGUAUUAUCAGAACGAAAGUACACAGACUCAAAGGGAGUAACAAGGGAUGUUAGUUUAGUUGUUGUGUCAAUAUCACCGCAGCCACUGUUGUCUCUUGCUUUGAGAUAUAAACUGACUGCACAGGAAGCAACUAGAAAAGUGUCAGGAUAUUUCAAGAAGCUUGGUGCUGAUUUAGUCUUGGAUAUGACAUUAGCAGAAGACUUCUCAUUAUUAGAAGCACAACAAGAGUUUCUCGAAAGGUAUAGAAAUCAACAGAAUGAUCCAUCUGGGAAAUUUCUGCCUAUGCUCGCAAGCUCUUGUCCAGGUUGGGUGUGUUAUGCAGAGAAAACACAUGGUAGCUUCAUCCUGCCAUACAUAUCCAGUACUAAGUCCCCACAGCAGAUUCAGGGUUCUCUCGUAAAGCAGCACCUUGCAGGAAGACGGGAAUUGCAGCCAUCAGCCCUUUACCAUGUGACCCUUAUGCCCUGUUAUGAUAAGAAGCUGGAAGCGUCUCGUGAAGACUUCUAUAGUGAAAUAUACAACUGUCAGGAUGUCGACUGUGUUAUUACUGCGAUUGAAUUAGAACAAAUGCUGUCCGGCGAAGACAAAUCACUAGCCGACAUAAUGGAUGGAGAACUCGACUGGCCAUGGGACGAAAGUGACGUCAAAGGGGUCAAGGGACAUAUAGGUUCUGGUUCUGGGGGCUAUAGUGAUGCCGUGUUCUUACAUGCGGCCGAUCAGCUUUUUGGUGCCACCGACCCACCAAUGGAGUAUAAAAAUUUAAGGAACCCGGACUUCCGAGAAGCAUCAUUAGAAAAGGACAGUCAAGAAGUGUUAAAGUUUGCGAUCGCAAACGGCUUCCGAAACAUUCAGAACCUGGUGCAGAAGCUGAAGCGAGGAAAGUCACCUUAUCACUAUGUUGAAGUUAUGGCUUGUCCAUCGGGUUGUCUGAAUGGCGGUGCCCAAAACCGUCCUUAUCAAGGCGAAAGUACGCGGGAAUUGGUUGGGCAAUUGUACACAAUGUACCGCGAAUUACCUCAAAAUGAGGACGAGAAUCCAACGGUUUCUCGAUUGUAUAACGAAUGGCUGUCAGGAAAACAUUCGGAUAAAGCCCGCGCCAUGUUACAUACGCAAUACCACGCUUUGGAAAAAAGCGACGUAGCUUUAAAUAUUAAGUGGUAAACAUAGUUUUUGGGGUAAGGGGCAGAAUAUCCAUUAUUUUUGAUCGCACUUUAAUGUUUGUCAAAAUGAUUAAGAAUCAAAAACCUCUUGAUUAACCUACAAAAAAGGGUGGACUGCUCUUGUUUCAAUAAUAAUUUGUACUAAUGGUAUAUUUUACAAUGCGCAAACGUAUGCACAAUAUGUUAUUCAUAGUAAGUAGUAACAACGAACUUUUUUUUAAAUCAAAAAUAUGUCUUAUAAUAUUACGUAAAAUAUAUGUAGUAAAUGUUAUACAGACUACAUAUAAAAAAAAACAGUAUAACCAAUAAUAUUCAAUCAAUUUAUUCCAGUAUUUACGUUGUCAAUGGUUGUCUGUGGUUAUCUACAAUCUAUUGUCAAUCAUGACAUUUCAUUUUGCGUAAUUUUCUUUGCUCUAUAGUUAUGUGCAAUUGAGAUAAUUGUUUGGUGAUCUUCAGAUCUUCAUCCUCGGGAUUAAAAACUUUAUUUCUAUACAUUAAUGCCCAGUUUGAAUUGGCGCCAAUUUGACUUUGUAGUCUGGUUGAAGUUAUAUCCAUGACUGCUGCAAUUUUUCUUUUAAAAUCAAUAUAGUCUAUUGUUUUAAAUUAAGGUACAAUUUACAAUACACAAAAAUAUUCGUUUAUACUUUGAAGCAGGGAAUUUUGGUUAUGAAUUUAGGGAUAAUAAAUUUAUAAGAGGAAAAUGGAUUUGUUUAUAGUUAUUUAGGUAUGAACCGAAAAGGGAAAAAUGACUUUGUCAUUUGAUGACGAACAAUGUAUAAAAAAAUAUUUCCACAGUUUACCUAGUUGUAUUUAGUUUAAAUUUUAUUGUUAUGUUAGUAUAAUUGUUAUGAUGUAAAUAAAAGUAAUAUUACUUGCACAUUGUCGCUAUUUAAAUAUAGAUAGGCAAGGUCGCUAUGCACUGUCAUUUGCGUAAGUAAAAGAGUAAAUUAUUCAUUCAAUGAAGCAGUCAUAAUACAUAAAAAGAGUAUAUAUUCUUUUUUAU